CACCUCCCACAUGUUGCUUGUUGUCCAUGCUACAGGUUGUCCACCUGUACUGCUUGCUCUGACUGUAUCGGCAGCCACACUGUUCGCACGGUCUUUUCAAAGGAGCGGACUAAACGAAAACCUCCGAGUUGCCUCGACUCACGUUCCCCAAAACUCCGCCCUCGCAUUUAUGUCAAGAAACAUUUAACUCGAGUCGUCGUCACAGCUCCAAAAAACACCGGGGAAUAUAGACAUUUCAAGUGAAGCUGCGACCGCCACGUAGGCUACAGUGUGGGGAAAAGGAGCUUACCUGUGUGGUAAAACAUGUUAGACCCGUCCUCCAGCGAAGACUCGGGAGGAGAAAUUGACGAGGACACUGAAGUUCCAAAAGACCCCCCCAAAAAGCCUUCGACUUCCUCCGGGCAAGGAGGUAAACAUAAACGACCACCUGCGGACCAACCACAAGCCGAAAGUCAUUCUGCCGGAGACGAGCAGAAAAAUGAGAAAGAAAGACUUCAGAAAGAGGAAGCUGAGCGGAAAAGUAAACUACAGAUUUAUGUAUUUGUGUUGCGAUGUAUAGCAUACCCUUUCAAUGCCAAACAACCCACGGAUAUGGCACGCAGGCAACAGAAGCUUAAUAAGCAGCAGCUGCAGGCGAUAAAGGAUCACUUCCUGGCCUUCCUGAAUGGGGAGACACAGAUUGUGGCGGACGAGGCCUUCUGCAAUGCUGUGCGCAGCUACUAUGAGGGUUUUCUGAACAGUGAGCGGGUGUCCAGGAUGGUGCAGAGUGGCGGCUGCUCGGCCUGCGACUUCCGUGACGUCUUCAAGAAGAACAUUGAGCGCCGGGUGCGCAGCUUGCCCGAGAUCGACGGCCUGAGCAAAGAGACAGUGCUGAGCUCCUGGAUCGCCAAGUACGACGCCAUCUACAGAGGGGAUGAGGACCUACGACGCCAGCCCCAGAGGAUGCACCUCAGUGCCGUGUCCGAGUUGAUACUCAGUAAGGAGCAGCUGUACGAGAUGUUCCAGCUGAUUCUGGGCAUCAAGAAGUUUGAGCACCAGCUGCUGUACAAUGCCUGUCAGGUGAGAAUUGGAUCACAUACACGUGGCUCCAGCUAA